CUUCCUCCAUGGUGGCACACACACACACACACUCACAAUCACACACUUGAAGAGGCGAGGGCUUGAAGUUUUUAACUUGAGGAUCACGGCAGCUUCAUAACUCUGAGAGACGCACACACACACACACACACGCGAUGAGACGACAGAUACUUUGUCCUGUGUCCCUUCUGCUGCUGCCGCUGCUCUGGACUCUGACAGAAGCACAAACACCACCAGCUAUCCUAGAGGUGAAACCUUUCACUGAUGGCAUCGAGGUGUCUUGUGGUCCAGGGUAUACAAUAAAAUCCCCUAAUGGUAAUAAGGCUGAAUCCCACAAAUUGUCAUACAGGGACAACAACACAGGAGAGUACUCAUGUGUGAAGGACGACGGACACCCUGAAGGAACAAAAAUCUUUGUGAAAUUUCGGACCUGUGACAACUGCAUCGAGCUCGACACGGGUUCCAUCGUGGGAAUCGCUGUUGGAGACGUGGUGGCGACCAUUGUGAUUGGAGUGGCCGUUUACAUCGUCGCUUCUCAAUCUUGGAUUGGUCCAAUCGCGUCCAACAAGAAAGGCUCUGACAGACAGCAUCUUGUCCCAAACGAGAUGAGCAACAGAGCCUCUAACGACCACUACCAGCCUCUGAAACUCAGAAGUGGUCAGAAAGACACGUAUGACGUGCUGAGUAACAGAAGAUAGAUGGCUGACAGCCCCCUGCCUCGGACGCCAAUCACUCCCCCCCACCACCCCCGCUUCGAGCAUACUCUUCAUGCGACCUUGAAAGUUAUCUUUAAUGUCUACUUGUUUCAUCUUUCCAUCUUGUCUCAUUUGCAUGCCUGUAAGAUGUUGCUUCUAAUGAGCGGCUCGUUGACCUGCUCAGAGUUUUUCAGCUGUUUUUGUUUCUGUAGCCUUUAAAUCAUCCCGUGUGGUAUUUUUAUUAAACGUCUUUAAGGGCUGAUGAUGCAGACAAUGGAGUGUUAUUUCAUGAAACAAAGCUGAUGUUACAUUUAUAUAAAAUUAAAGAUUGACAAAUAAAAA